UGACGCAAAGUAGUGCGGAGAUCCUCUAGCAUUAAAUGCAGCCCAACGUAACUUUAUUAAUUUUUCAAACACACAAACAAGUCAUUUUUAAGAUGUCUAAAACUUGUUUAAGAUUUUAGAGUGCAUCUACCUCCGGCUUGGUCAAUUUAAAAACGUAAACAUUGACGUGCUUACAAUUUCGAAAAAUACACCGAGUGCGACUCUUCCUCUUUUGAGUCUUCUCUUUAUUUUGUCUCCCUGCAUGGCCCUGCGCGCAGCCGUCUUUUGCUGCAGCCUUUCACGCAGGUUAAGGACAACUGAUCUUUGUUUUCAAUAUCUGAGGACACUCAGUUCAUUUUCAUAUCCAAAAGACUCUAGGAUGAGGAAGAAGCUGCUGGUGGAUGUGGACUGCGGCGUGGAUGACGCGCAGGCCAUCAUGUUGGCGUUGGCCGCCCCCAACGUGGACUUGCUGGGGGUGACCUGCGUGCACGGAAACACCACGGUGGAGAACGUGUGCAGAAACACCCUGCGUGUUCUGCAAGCUUGCGAUAGGUUGGAGAUCCCAGUGUUUAAAGGUGCUGCCAAGCCCCUCGUUGGCAAUUCGAUUAAUUCGGGCCACUUCCAUGGGCUGGACGGCCUCGGAGACGCCCCCGACCCGAACGCUCCCAGUGCGGAUCUGGUGCAGGAGGAGAGCGCCGUGAUGGCUAUGAUCAGAAUCGUUAAUGAGAACCCAGGAGAGGUGUCGCUGGUCGCCACGGCGCCCCUCACCAACCUGGCCCUGGCCGUGAGGUUGGAUCCGUCCUUGCCGAGCAAGCUUCGAGGGCUCUACAUCAUGGGAGGCAACACCGAAUCACGAGGGAACACCACAGCGUGCGGAGAGUUCAACUUCACAGCCGAUCCGGAAGCGGCGUACAUCGUGCUGAAUGACUACUGCUGUCCGACCUACUUGGCCUGCUGGGAGUUUACCUGCUACAGCAAACUGUCCUGGGAGUUCUGUGACACCUGGCUGGCACAGCCCACAGCCAAAGCUCGCUUCAUGGCGCGUAUCUCGCGCCACAGCAUCGAGGCGUCGCUCGGCAAGCGCGUCCAAAAGGAGUUGGUGGGCGGCAGCGGCUUCGUCUCCUGCGACUCUUACGCCAUGGCUGCCGCCGUGGACGAAACGUUUGUCAUCGAAAGCGACUGCUACCCGGUCAGCGUGGAGCUGACGGGCAUGCACACGCGGGGUAUGAUGGUGGUGGAUACACGGGGCAUCCUCAACAAGACUCACAAGGCUCUCAUUAUGAAAAAGGUGGACUUGGAGAAGUUUAAGGAAAUGAUGAUGGCGGCCUUGAAAUAGUUUCUAAUGAUUGAAGGACAAAAGGGCAACGGCAACCUUUUCCAACAGAGCUUCUGACAGCGAGAUAGGAUCCUUAUUGAAUCAAGUUAAUACAAUGCCGAUAAAAGCAAACACACCCCAGUUGGAUUUUAAAGAAUGAAUGAAUACCCCAGUUUGAAUGCCAUGUUGUGAUGUAAAACAAGGAGAUCAAAAUGCAUCAUUUCAGAACUGA